UCAGGCUCAUUUAAAAAAGGUUUGGCACUCCUCAAAGUUCUUGACUUGGGCUUUGUUUCAGGAAUUGUUGAGGAGUGAACCUGUUGGGUGGGGGAAGAUUUGGAGAAUGAGAACAGCUCUUAUAAUUCUGGGUUUGACCCUCUCUUUGGUUGCUACUGCAACCGCCAGAACCCAUUUUACUCGUUACCGCUCAUGGAAUUCACGAAUGUACCCAGUGUGGAGAGAUGGUGAUCCUCGAUACAGGGACUGCUGGAAAGGUGGACAGGUAACAUUUGACAUCAAAAAUGAUGCCCCAACCCUGGUAGGAGCCAAAACAACAUUCAAUAUUAAUGUUCAUCCUCCGGGGAAUCAGACAGUGCUGCCUAACGGGACAGUGGUGUGGAGCCAAAACUGCACUGUUAAUGGAACCCAGUACAUAAAGGGUGAACAUGUUUACCCAGAAUUCAACACUUCCCAAGAAUGGACUGGGGUUUUUCCUGAUGGUACACCAUUCACUACAACAUUGGCUAAGAAACCUCGCUUCAUCUUUGUGUGGAAGACUUGGGGUCAAUUUUGGCAAGUGGCUGGCGGUCCUUCCUCUGUACUCACUAUUGGAACAGACAAUGUGCCACUGGGCUCUUACAACAUGGAGGUGGUUAUUUAUCACUGCCGCGGAAAAGACAGGUUCAUCCCUCUUGGAUAUGCGUCUACACAGUUCUCUGUCACAGAUCAGAUUCCAUUUGUAGUGACUCUCUCCCAGACUGGUGAUGUUAACCAGGCAGAUCAGAGCUUUAUCCAGAACCGACCUGUUACCUUCAACGUUGGUGUCCAUGACCCUAGCCAAUACCUCAGUGGGGCUGACAUCACCUUUACAUGGGACUUUGGGGACAACAGUGGGACACUCAUCUCCCGUCAACCCUCUGUUACACACACUUACCUCUCAAUUGGCUCAUUUAGGCCACAGCUUAUGCUGAUGGCUGCUAUCCCAAAUGGCUGUGUUCCAAAUCCAACUGCUGGUGGGGUCGUAACUGCAGCCCAAGCAAUUACAGUUGCAACAGAAGCUCCAUCUGCAGAAACCAUCAAUAUGGCCGCCUCUCCUGAUCCAGUAGCAGCUAACAACUUAGCUGCAGCUACGGCCGAUGAUCAAGAGGCAGUAACUCCUUCUGAAAAUCAAGUUUCCGAUGUUCUAGCCACUGGUGAAACAGUUACAGAUGGUAUUGUAGAAGCAGAGGGCCUUACAGUUAUUGAUGCUGCAGCAACUGUCAUCCCUCUUGAAGAGGGUGUAGCUGUCACCGAUGACACAGUUCUGGAAGCUGCAGCAGCUGCAAAUGGAGAGACAGACACUUCAGCACCGGCUGCCGAUAUUAUAAUUAAUAAUGUGGCCACAGAUGCUACUGUUGUUCAGACAGUGCCAUCUAUAGUACCAGUGGUUGAGGGUGAGAUUGUGGAAACUGAAGCUAUUCCAAAUGAAGUCAUAGCUGAAGCUGUAAUUACUGAUACUGCUACAGUUGCUGUUAUUCCUACCACAGCCCAAAUAACACAGAAUGAGAUAGUUGGUGAAGGAACAGAGGAAACACAGGAUGCUUUGAAUAUUGCAAAACGACAAGCUCCAGAAAUACCAGCUGAGGGAAACUGCAUGAUUUACCGCUAUGGCUCUUUCUCCUCAACUUUGGAUGUUGUUCAGGGAAUUGAAAGUGUGGAGAUUGUGGAGAUGAGUAAUGUUGCCGUUUUGGCCACCAACUUGGAGCAGAAUGCCGUGGAUCUCACAGUUACCUGCCAAGGAAGCUUGCCAAGUGAAGUGUGUACCAUGGUGAUGGACUCAGACUGCAUCAGUCCUUUGCAGACGGAGUGUAAUGCUGUGACUCCAACAGAGUGCCAGAUGAUCCUCCGCCGUUUCUUUAAUGACUCUGGAACUUUCUGCAUUAAUGUGUCUCUGACUAAUGAUGUCAGUUUUGCUGUAGCCAGUGCAAGGCUCAGUGUCACUGUGGAUUCAGGCUCCUCCACAGCAGGUGCUGCCACUGCGGUACUUGGUGUUCUUCUACUUGUCUGUGCUGUAGGCACCAUCGCUUUAACUUACCGACGAAUGAAGGCAUACCGUGUGCUCAAAGAGAACUUGACAGACGGCAUCAUGGGUAUUUCUGGUUUGAAGUCUGUUCCAAUGAUAGCAUGGAACUUUCUGACCCGACAGAGCACUGGAGAGAGUCGCCCUCUGCUGCAGGGGAGAGUGGUGUGAACACACACACAAACACACACACACUAGCUCACUAUACACAAUCCACACAUACUUAUGUUUGUGCUGAUGUAACAUUCACAUAAUACAAUUAGUGGCUAAUGUUUAUUUAGGUUUACAAUAGUAUUACAGUGUUAUGACCAGAAUUAUGGGACAAGAAUGCAAUGCUGGUUUUGUCCCAGGUAAAAAAAAAAAAAAGCUUGACCUUAUCUUAAGAGUGAAAAAAUUGGCCUGCUUCUGAACAUAAUGCAAGGGAAUUAUGUUAAAUGUUUUGAAUAUAGAAAUGUUAUGGCUUAACUGAUUAUCACUGCAUGCCUAAUACCCACACUCCACCACACGCUGUGUUAGCACUGUGUUUUCAAGGAAAAUGGAUGAAUAAUUUGAAUAAAGUAUACCAGAGGAAAAAGUAUAAUGAAUUAGGAAUAAAGUAUACCACUAUGCAGGACUACAACAUGCAUUUAACACACAUUCUUAAAAGAGAGGUAGAUAGGAUUCAUUUCUUUGAUAUAUUGAUCGUGACUUGAAAUUAAUGAAAGAAAACUAUGUCCUUUACCUUGAUCAGUGUUAAUUAUGCAGUAACUGUUUCUGUUAAUUGAUACAGAUCAUUAUGUGUAACAAAAAAUCCUAGCAGAUAAUGAUGAUGUAGUUCAUAUCUGUUAAGUUUAAGGUGCUAUGCUUUUCUCUGUUACUAAAGACAUGUUCUCCUGCAAUAAAGACAUUUUUUGUGCUUUACAA